GGUCUCGUCUGCUCUCUUGACCCCGCUACCCGGACUUCAGAAACCCCACUGCAAACCCACCCCAUCCUCAUUAGUGUAACAUGUGGGAAGUAAAUAUAGUAAGGACUGUAUUGAUCAUAAUGACGCUGGCACCGCACACCACACGCGCCGAGUGCCAGGCGAUUUUCGAAGGGUCCCUUAAAAGCUGUGCCACCCGAUGCCUCGUGCCUGGAGAUGGUGCCGUGCCCAUCUGCGCAGCGAAGGAGGACCGGGAAGUGAAAUGGGGCGUGUGUACCGUAGACUGUAGCCCCGAUUACUGCGACGACCAAUGCAGGGAAAGAAUAGUCACGCUGGACGGCGAUUCUUCGUGGAUUCAUUUUUUGACUGCUUCUGCUUCAUCGUGGAUGCAGGUGGUAUUUGAUUUUACUUCUUCGGAGGGCGCUGCUGCUGCGUCGGGACAAGAAAGUCCUGAAAUGAUUAGAGGACCACGAAGGAGGAGGAGAGCGGCGUUCACACCUUUCUUCAAAGGCCAUAGACUCAAAAUUUCACGUAAGUAUUAUAGAGAGAAAUUUUGUCAAGAUAGAUUGAAACAAAUUUGAUAAUAAUGAGAAAAUGCUAAUGAUAAUGAUGGUAA